AUGUUGAUGAUGGAGGACGACGAAUUAGACACUCAUCAGGUUGAUUCGGAUUUCGAGCCGCAAAGCCGGCCUCGCUCAUGCACCUGGCCGCUGCCUUGCCCGGAGGACUUCCCCGGUGGACAAGAGGUCAGUGGGGUUCUUCCACUGGCCAACAUCAAGGUGGAACCAGAGGAUGUCCCGGCUUGUAUAGCGGGGCUCGUGGGCGGAACGCCGGGAGAACUGAAGCAUCCAGCCGGCGCCCCGGCACCCACAGGCGCGACGCACCCAUGCCUGGCUGGCGCGGCGCUCGAUGUGACCGGACCGCUGCGCAAAGCCAAAUCCUCGCGGCGGAACGCGUGGGGGAACCAGUCCUACGCGGAUCUCAUUACCCGCGCCAUUGAGAGCACCCCAGAAAAGAGACUCACGCUGUCACAGAUAUAUGACUGGAUGGUCCGUUAUGUGCCCUAUUUCAAGGAUAAGGGCGACAGUAAUAGCUCAGCUGGCUGGAAGAACUCCAUCCGACACAACCUAUCCCUCCACACACGUUUUAUCAGGGUGCAGAAUGAGGGAACAGGGAAGAGUUCCUGGUGGAUGCUGAACCCAGAUGGAGGAAAGAUGGGAAAGUCUCCCCGACGGCGAGCAGUCUCCAUGGACAACAGCACUAAAUACCUAAAAAGCAAAGGCCGCGUCAGAGGCAAGAGGGUUGGCCGUCCUGGGAUAGGAGCAGGCUCUGUUGUGGUUGGGCUCCAGGGCUCCCCUGACCAAGGCAGCCCACCACGGAAAGGCCUUGCAGGACCUGGAGGUUCGUCUGGGACAGAUGGAGAGUUUGAUGCUUGGACAGACCUCCAUUCCAGGGCUAGUUCAUCAGCUUCCACAUUGAGUGGGCGUCUGUCACCCAUUCUCGCAGAGGGAGAGCCAGAGGAACCCGAGGAGGGGGGCCUGUCUUGUUCCACCUCCCCCCACCUCUACCCCUCACCGACCAGUGCCCGCUCUCCAUCCAUGGGGGCAGGGAAUCUCUGUCCUCCCCUCGAGCAGCUGCCUCAGCUGGCUAACCUGACAGGUGCCAUCAGCCUGGAUGAGAAGAUGAUGGAGGAUAGUUAUCAUCACCAUCACCCACCGCAGCCGCAACACCAGCAGCAUCCAGCUGUUGGCAGACAUAAGCACCAAACCCCUGUCUACCACUACAGUUCUGGAGUGAAGGGGCAGAGCCCCUAUGGUGCAGUCUAUGGUGCAACAGGCAUGGGGAUGCUGCGCCACCACUCACCCAUGCAGACCAUUCAGGAGAACAAGCCAGCAAGUUUCUCUGGAACCAUGCGGGCAUACUCCAGCACAAAUGCCCUGCAGAGUCUGCUAACAGGGGGUCCAGCUAGGCAGCAAUACUGUUCCAAGGACAUGAUGCUGGGACAGGAAAGGGAAAGCCAUCCUAUGAUGGGUCAAGCUAGUAAUGAAGUAGGCUCAAACCAUCACAGCCACCAUCCUGGCCACCCCAAUGGCCACAGACACAAUGGACCUCAUAGUCACAGCUCAGCUCAUAGCCAUAACAGAACUCACAGCCAUACUAGUCAUAAUCACAACAAUGUCACCAACCACAACCACAACUCACCUCACAGCCUCACUCACAACGGUCACAACCUCAGCCAGAGCCAUAACCACACACCACCCCGGGCUGUGGCCCUCAUUCCACGCGGCAACAGCAAUCAGCUGCAGACCUACAACCACAAAGCUCCCUACCUGUACAGCCCCCCAUCACAUGCUCAUCUCCCUGCCUCCACCACCCUCCCCCCAAACCCAGCAGGUAUGCUUGGCAUGCCCCAGGACUCCUGCCACGUGGCCACCGCCCCACACCCCCGUCACAACCAUUACCCCGACCCACAACACCAAGGCAUGACUAACGGACCAUACCACCAUGGCCAGGGGAUGGGGAAUGGUAGUGUUGGUAGCAACUACCAUGGCUAUCACCAACCUCACCCCCAUGAGAGACUACCAGCUGACCUGGACAUUGACAUGUUCCACGGUAGCUUGGACUGCGAUGUGGAGUCCAUUCUCCUCCAUGACAUUAUGGACUCUGGGGAGGAAAUGGACUUUAACUUUGACUGCUCCCUAGCCCAGGGGGUGGGCAUUGGCAUGGGUAUGGGCAUGGGUGUGACCAUGGGCAUGGGGAUGGGAAUGAACAGUCUGACUGGUCCACAACAAGCUCAUAGCAACCAGAGCUGGGUGCCUGGCUGAAGUCUAGGACAACACAUCCUAUCCUCUGAACUAAAAGAACUACCCUACCCAUGAAGCACUGU